AUGUCCCGAUUAUCGAGGCAGACAUUUGGCGUUAGAAGUCAUGAUUCUACGAUUUGGAAUCCCUCGUUGCCAAUGCCAACAGACCAUACUGAUUUGCACAAACGCCGGCUGCUGCUGGUUUAUAUCCACGGUUUCAUGGGAUCAGAAGCUAGUUUCCUCAAGUUCCCAGCCCACGUCCAUGACUGUUUAGACACCUUUUUGGGCGGGUCUCACAUUAUUUAUACUCGGAUUUACCCCCAAUAUAAAUGUCGCGGCGAGAUGAAAGAUGCGAUAGAUCAGUUCAGCACCUGGCUAGCUCCACAUGAAGCAGAUGAUCUUGAUAUCAUUCUGCUGGGCCAUUCUAUUGGAGGCGCUCUGGCAGCUGGAGUUACACUGCUGCCACCCCUGGGUGACAGUGCUCAACACACAAAAAGACAUCGUAUUCUGGGACUGGUCAACUUUGAUGUACCAUUUCUGGGCCUUCACCCACAUGUUGUUUUCUCGGGCAUCCGGAGUCUGUUUCAGAAAAAAGAUGCUAUGAAAGAAACUAUCCCAGACGAGCUUCAGGGACUGGAGGAAAUGGAUACCUCUUAUUUUCCGACCGUGACGAACCCGAACUUCGACCCCAGCUUUGAGAAUGACGUGCGGCUGCCAGCGCGAGGCCUUCUGCAUGAUGUCGGGCACUUUCUUCACAAAAACAUUCAUCACCUCCCGCGCUCUAUCUUUGACAGUUUGAUGUCAUAUUACAAAUUUCCGGGCUAUCUGAAUCGGCUGCCUCAUCUCCGUCGUCAAUACAAAGAGAUGAUGAAUUUGGAAGCAGCAGAAAGCGCGAACAGCAGGGUUCGUUUCGUGAACUAUUACACGGAAAGCACUGGCCGUAGGAAGCCCCCGGCAAAAGCGAACAAACAGGAGGUGGAUUCGUACAACGACGACCACAAGAGCAGCUGCACCAACAUCCCGAAAGUGGGCCUCGAAGACAGAACCCGCACUUAUAUUGAUACUCCUAAAUAUCAACCGAAAUCUCUAGUGAGCUGUUGCUCGAGCAGUUCCAUCGACACCUCCCACUCGCGGGUUGAAUCCGACACAAGAAAAACUCGGACAUUUGUGCUGAAACCAUCGCAUCAUUGGAAUGACGGAGAUGAUUCACUUUGGAAAGCUAUCCAAAUGGAGGAUAUGGAUGAAGUGGGAGCACAUCAGUCCAUGUUUCUGCCAGGUAGUGACGUGUACGACAGGCUUAUUGGCGACGCCGUGAGCAACAUUGAGCGAUGGGUGCAGGAUGACAUGAGUGCAAGGCUACUUCAAACACAGGAGAAAAUACCCUGA